UAAUUUUCCAAAAUAAAACCCCAAAACCGGAAAUUGGUCGAACCUCAAGCAGCCGGAUCGAGUUCGUCUGAACGCUGCAGACUAAUGGCCUAUGCGGCGGAGUCAAUAUGGUCAACGGCCGCCAUGAGCGUCGCACUGACGUUUAUCUCUGCCUCCGCCAUCAUAUCUCUUUAUCUUGUGACAAAGAAGUCGAGAGAGUUGGGUACCAAGGUUCAACAGCUCGAGGCUUCUCUAGCAGCUUCGUUAAAGAAAACCGCCGCCGAGAGACAAGGCCGGAUACGGGCACAGCAGGCUUUAAGGAAAGCAGUUGCGGAACCCAAGUCUGAUAGUGUGGAAUGUACUUCAUACCCCAUGACGCCAAUCGGUACUAUCCAAUCAUCCUUCACUACUAGGAAUGGGACUCCAAGGCAAUCUUUGCUCGUACCUCUUGCAAGGGCACGGUUGGUGUUUUCUGCUCGCAUUCCUCCAGCUUCCAUUGAAGGUCUUGUAGAAUAUUCCCAUUGCUGGGUCAUAUAUGUCUUUCAUUUGAACACAGAUCUCGACAAGUUGUGGAAGGAUCCCUCGAAAUCAAAAUUCAAGGCAAAAGUUAGAGUACCGAGGUUGAAAGGCGAAAGAGUAGGAGUCUUUGCUACGAGAUCUCCACAUAGACCAUGCCCAAUCGGACUUACCGUUGCAAAGGUGGAGGCUGUCCAGGGACAUGAAAUUCUACUCUCUGGUGCCGACCUUGUUGAUGGAACUCCGGUACUUGAUGUUAAACCUUAUCUACCAUACUGUGACAGUGUCCAAGAUGCAACAGUCCCAAAGUGGUUACUGGGGGACAGUGUAUUGACUGUUGCGUCCAUUUGCUUCUCUGAAGAAUUUACGUCCGCUCUAUCCAAGUGUUGGCCACUAGUGGAAAAGAAAUCACUUUAUGCGUCGGAAGAAGAAUUGAAAAACUUUGUGAAACAGGUGCUUUCUUGGGAUAUUCGAUCAGUGUCUCAACGAAGUCGACCUCAUUGCUCCCACAUCAAGACAGUAACUGGAGACGAAUUGUUGGAUGAGAGUUCAGAUUCAGAUGGUCACGUAGAUGACAAAGUUUCGAGUAGUUCACAAAGUUAUUCUAAGAGCACAAUCUAUCACCUACUUGUAGAUGGCUUAGAUGUUUCAUACACAAUUGGUUACCAUGGGGACGUGGUUGUGGACAAAGUAGAACUUGCAUCACCUAGCUCGAGAACAAGAAGCAAUUAACACAGAGCAAAUUCUUCCGAAUAGGCAAAUCAGGGUUGUCUCAUUACUAACCUUGCAUUACUACAAUUAAAAGGAUCCCCUUUCUUGGGAUUCUCCAUUGAAAUUAUACUGCCUUGAAUGGAGCUUAAUCUUGCUCAUCUUUCUGACGGAAAAAAAGCUGUAGGUUGAAAUUGAGACUAGAAUGCUGGAUGAAUUAUGAGUUUGUUUGAUGGUUAAUGAAAUGGUUUUGGUUGAAAA